GUGACGCAAAUUUCCCGCGCUCGGUUCUGCGCUCCCUUUUAAGGAGGAAAGUUGUGGAUUCGCGGAUUUUACCGGCAUAUAAUCUUGAUUAAUCUGACAGCUGUGAACCGGGUGAGGAUGCCUUCUACGAUGGACUGGAUCAACGAGCCUCUGGGUGUCGUUGAGGGGAUGUUCGCUGCUUCCCAGAACCAUCGGCCCUCAGGAUGGGAGGCGAAGGUGGUGGAGUUUUUCAAGGAGCAGCUAAAGGAGAAGGAAGCUCAGAGCUCGGUCCCCUCCCUGAACGACGUCCCCCUGCACUACCUGAAGCCCGACAGUCUGGUGAAGUUCCGCUGCCUGAUCCAGGACAUGUUCGACCCGGAGUUCUACAUGGGGGUUUACGAGACCGUCGAUCCGUCCACGAACGCAAAGACGCUGCGGUGUGGGAGGUAUAAAGACGUGGCAGAAUGUUCGGUGGACUUUAGCUCCAGAACCAUGACGACCGCGGAGAGACAGACCUUCUACUGCGUCCCGAUCCCCGGAGAAAACUCCUGGGUCAAAGAAAUGUAUGCCGGCGGCAGCCAGGCGCGAGUCGUCCCGUCCACCUCGUACGUCCCCAGCAGACAGAAGAGGAGCUUCGAGGAGGACGAGGACAUGGACGUUCAGCCGCAGAAGGAAGGACACGCCGGUUCUCAGAGUCCGGUGGAACAGCACGGAAACGGUGACUGUAAGCGUCAGGAGACAGAAGCUCCGUCUGGUCGGGAAACCUCAGCCUCCCACCUGGACCUGAACUUUCCUCUGCCGGGGGAGAAGGGCCCCUCCUGUCUGGUCAAGGUCUACGAGGACUGGGACAUCUUCAAGCUGAACGACGCGCUGGAGGUCUACGGGAUCCUGUCUGUCAGCCCGGCUCUCAGCGCGCUGGCUGACGAGAAGGACGCCCUCCUGGACCCGUCGGAGUGCAUGGAGACCGCAGAGGAGCAGAGGGUCCACAGCCCGCCGGCCUCUCUGGUCCCUCGCCUCCAUAUGGUCUACGCCAAGCCGCUGCUUCACAACAACCCCCUGCUGCCGUGCACGCCCCCGCAGGACACCAGCACCUUUUUCUCGUCAACGCCGAGCGAGGCGGCCGCGGUCAGGGAGGAGCUGCUCUCGUACUUCACUCGAGUCCUCCUGGGCGACGCUCUGGCAGCAGAGUUCCUCCUCCUGCAGCUCAUCUCCACCGUCUACGCCAGGAGGGACGUCCUGCCGCUGGGCAAGUUCACGGUGAACCUGAGCGGCUGUCCGGCUGUGGCCUCGUACACCGAGCGCCUCUACCAGAUCCUCCAGCAGCUCGUGCCUUCGUCGUACUACCUGGCCAUGAGCCUGCAGAACAUGAACCGGAUGCGGUUGGCGCCGAAGAAGGACUACGUGGCGAACCGACUCGUGAGCGGCACCCUGCAGCUGGACAAGAACACCACCCUGUUCCUGGACGAAACCCGGCUGGAGCAGGGACAGCUGGACGCCACGGGUGUGCGUAACGUGACGGCUCUGGGGAACGUGAUCUCGUGGCAGAAGGUCGAUUACGACUUCAACUACCAUCAGAUGGAGUUCCCCUGCAACAUCAACGUGCUCGUGGUGUCCGAGGGCCGCUCGCUGCUGCCGUCCGAUUGUCGCGUCCACCUCCAGCCUCAAGUGGCCCCGUUCACCGUGGAGGAGUACGUCAGCGGCGUCCAGGGUCCGCAGGCCUCGUCGCAGCUCAACAAGUUCAGGAUGUACCUGAGCGCCGCCCGGCUGCUGGACUACAGCAUCCCGGACGAAGUGACGAAGUCGGUUGAAGAUGACUUUGUGGACAUGAGGAAGGACGACCCCCAGGGUGUUUCGGCCGAGGACCUCCACAGGAUGCUCGUCGUGGCCAGGUUGUUGUCUCUGAGCCUGGGACAGACGUCUCUGUCCCGGGACGUCUGGGCUCGAGCCAAACACAUGGAGACGCUGCGCAGGAGUCGGCUGGAGCAGCACAGGAGCGUCAACGGCAACGAGCCGUGACGGAGCUGCCGCUUUUCUUUCACGAAACAGUUUGUAAUAAAGUUUUUCAUGGGACUUUAGUUCAGUUCAACUUUUUGUAUAUUAAAUGCAACUUCUUAAUUAUUGUCAUUUUCUAUUAAAGUAUUUUGCUG